AUGGGAGAAACGGGUAUAAAGCCAUUCCUUUGCGACACGAUUGACAAGUCGUUAGUUCGCAUUGAAUGGGAAAAAUGGUUUAGGUCUUUCUCUUUGUACCUAGAAUCGGAAGAAAUAAAGAACGUAAACAAAAAGAAAAACAAACUUCUUCAUCUAGGAGGACCACAACUACAAGAGGUAAUUUAUAACAUUCCUGGUGCGCUUGAUUGUCCAACUGGUGGAGACGUGUUUGGCGUUUUGGUGUCGAAAUUAAAUGAAUAUUUUUCGCCAAGAAGAAAUUCUACUUUUGAACGGCAUUUAUUUAGAACACUUAUACCAGAAGAAGGUGAAAGCCUGAACAAAUUUUUAAUUAGAAUUAGACAUCAAGCCGCCAAAUGCUCAUUCGGUGCGACAAAGCAGGAGAUAUUAGAUAUAAAUGUUAAGGAUAAACUCAUCGAUGUGUGGGCUCCUGGUGAACUUAGAAAACGACUACUUGAAAAAGAAUAUUCACUGGAUAACAUUGUUGAGAUGUGUCAAAUUCAUGAACAAAUUAAAUUCCAGACCGAAAUUAUGAUUCCUUCAACUUCAGCUAGUGCUAUAAAUAAGAUUUCUUCUACAAUUGACAAAACUAACGAAAAGAAAAGAGAGUGUUUUAGAUGUGGUAGAACAGAUCAUUUAGCGGAUAGCAAAAAUUGCCCAGCAAAGAACUCGAAAUGCAAUAGAUGUGGGGCUCUAGGUCAUUUUGCCAGGAAAUGCCAAACGAAAAUAGACAAAAGAAAGAAUACUUUUGUAGAAAAUUCAAACUUUAAGCGCCGCCGAUUUGAGCCAUCAAAAAUUCGAUUUGUAGAAGAAAACUUGAAUUGCAAAGACCUUAAUGAACAAAAAUCCCUACACUCUGAUUGUUUCCAAGUCACAAACAAGGAACAUGAAGAUAUGAGUGAAUUCAUUGAUUGCUUUAUAGGUGGUGUAAGGAUAUCCAUGCUCAUUGAUUCAGGGUCAAGAUAUAAUUUAAUUGGGGAAUCAGAUUGGAAGGUUCUUUGUCAAACAGCAAUUAUACUGGGAAACGUGCGAACGGAAACUGAAAAUCAAUUUCGAACAUAUGCUGGAAAUACACACUUGCAAGUUAAAUUUGUAUUUGAGGCCCCUAUACAUGUGAGUAACCAAAAAGAACUUAUUGCAUCCUUUUAUGUAAUCGCAAAUGGAAGACAAUCUUUGCUUGGUCGUGAAACUGCUCUGCAAUUGCAAGUUCUAAAAUUAGGACUAACAGUUAAUCAACUUGAAGAUUCACAACCGUUUCCGAAAAUUAAAGACAUUAAAGUUCAUUUAUCUAUUGACAAAUCGGUUAAACCAGUGCAACAACCUUUACGCCGUAUACCAUCAGCAUUAGAAGAAAAAGUUGAGUUAAAAUUAAAUGAGGCGGCUAGACAAGAUAUAAUUGAACCUGUAAAUGGACCAAGUUCUUGGAUAUCACCCAUUGUGAUUGUUUCUAAGCAAUGUGGGGAUAUUCGAUUAUGCAUUGAUAUGCGAAGAGCAAACACUGCCAUUUUAAGAGAAAACUUCCCACUACCAACUUUUGAUUCAUUUUUGACCAAAUUAAAAGGUGCUAAGUAUUUUUCCAGACUGGAUUUAAAAAAUGCUUAUCAUCAGUUAGAAUUAGAUGAAGAUAGUCGUGAGAUAACUACUUUUAUAACCCAUAAACACUGA